AUGAGAGGGGGGAUGCAGGAUUUCUCAGCCAGUCUUAGAAUGGAGAACUAUUCUGCCCUCUUUUAUAACGACUCUUGCAUGGGGCUGAUGCUGUACCCAUGUAUCAACAUUUCCGAGGAGAUAAGCGACCCCCCUAAGCCACCGAAAUUAGUGGAUGCCUGGCUUGUACCUCUCUUCUUUGCAAUUCUGAUGGUCAUUGGUCUUGCCGGGAAUACUCUGGUAAUCUAUGUUAUCUCCAAACAGAAGCAGAUGAGGACUGUCACUAACUUCUACAUAGGAAUGCGAUCAAUGUAUGUUGCUGAGUUCAAGAAGCUUGUGUUCCCUGCCUUUAUACAAUCCUCUUCCCAAAUAAGGCAA